GGAGCUCAAAAGUGCCCUACUUCUUUUCUAUCAUUGUGUCUGCCUCCUCUUUUCCUAAGUCUGCCUUCAUUGAUCAUCACACUGUCUCCUUAACUUUAAAUUCUCACUACGUCCUAGACCAGUCCGUUUGCCGUGGACUGCGACGGGUAAGGGGGGAUAAAGAGAUCCUGGUGUUUGAGUGGUGGCUAUCUUAGGAUAAACCACAACAACACAAUACUUUGGCUCCAAGUUCCCCUAGACCUGAGACCCAGAUGGCCCGCUCUGGGUCAACCGGCUGGUCAUGCCGAGCUACCAGCAUAGGUCGUCGACCUAUGCUGGAGGGCGGUGGCUGGAGGGUCAAUCAGGGAGCUGCUGUAUCGGACACAUGUCCGAUGUAGCAGCUGACUGAGUAUAGCACCUGUGUAGCCCUGGCGGGCUCAUUCUGGACAUCCGAAUGGCCCGUCCCCUUGUUGGACUCGAUGGCGGGUGGGGAGCACAGGUGCCGAAUUAACCAAAAUAUAUAUGGACAAAAAAACACACACAAAACUAAUUGCCCCAGACCUAUGUCUGGGCAAGAAACGACGAAUUGACGAUAAAAAAGAGGAGAUCCCAAAAAGCUGUGCCACCUGGCCAUCAUUUCUGGUGGUAAGAUGCACAGAGGAGGGAAAAAGCCUGACAAAGUUGAGCCCUUUUAUUAUCUAUAAGGGACUCAAGUCAGUAGUGGGAGAGCCCAAGAGUGUGUCUAAGCUACACAAAACAAUGGAACUCCUUGUAGAAGUAGACAGCAAGACACACUCUGAUGGGCUUUUAAGAUGCAGAAGACUCUGUGAUCUCCAAGUGGAAGUCAUGCCACACAAGAGUCUGAACACCAGCAGAGGUGUAAUCAGCUCUAGGGACCUACUGGAAUGUUCCGAGAAGGAAAUAGUGGAGGGCAUUGAAGGAGUCACCCAUGCCCGGCGCAUUACCAGGCGCAGGGAGGGUGAGGAGGUCAAAACCGCCACUAUUAUCCUCACAUUCGGAACUAGGACACCGCCAGAGUAUGUGAAGGCAGGAUACCUACGAGUUCCAGUGAGGCCCUACAUACCUAACCCCAUGAGGUGCUUCAAGUGCCAGGGUUAUGGACACGGCGCGGCAGUCUGCAAGAGGAACACUGUGUGUGCCAGAUGUGCUGGAGAGGGUCAUGAGGACAAGGGCUGCACAGCCCAGUUCAAAUGCCCAAACUGUCAAGCUGGCCACUCAGCCUACUCCAAGGACUGCCCUGUGUGGAAACAGGAGAUUGCCGUGCAGGAGUACAAGGCAAGAAACGGAUGUACCUUUAGCCAGGCGAAAUCGGCUGUACUGGCCCUACCCAAGGGCCAAUUCGGCUUGACAAAGACCUACGCCCAGGCUGUUGCUGAGAAAGGAAGAUCCAUAGCCACACAGACGGACACAUUGACCCCACCACCCCCUCCUCCUCCCCCAACUCAGAAGAAAACACCGCCAAAGAACACACCUCUGAAGAAACAAGAAAGCCCUGUUGUCAUGCUAAAGAACAGGUUCUCUGUGCUCGCUGAUGAGAGCAUGGAGACUGAGCAGCAUGUCAAAACCAAUACUCCGGGAGAACCCGGAGACAUCAUGUCUGACACAGGUUCUCCUCAGAGAACCCAGCCAGACACCCCAACCUCUACCGAGUUAGAGGUUGAACAACUCCCUAAGGGGAGAAAUCAAAGCGGAGAGGAUGCCCGAGGUGAGAGAGGAGGAAAUAACCUCCUCUCUAACCAGAGGGAUCUCCCCUCUCCAGAGAGAAAGACUUCCCCCAAAAGGGGGUUGUCCUCCUCUCCAUCCAAACCCAAGAAUAAAAAUACCAAGGUCACUGGAAUAAAGGGAAACCCCUCCGGGGGCCUCCCAAGGCCAAAUAGCUCCAAGUAGGUCAUCUAGAAUAAGCCAUGGAUUCCAGAAUUGUACAGUGGAAUUGUAGAGGCCUCAAGGCCAAUUACGAGGAAAUGCAGCUACUGAUGGACUCUGAGACUCCUGUAGCUGUCUGCUUACAGGAAACAUUUCUGAAAGACUGCAUCAGCUUCCGAAGCUACCGUGCUUACACCAAGAAUGUUGAGGAUGCAGAGAGAGCAUCAGGUGGAGUCUGUAUCCUUGUGAAGGAUAGCAUCCCCCAUGAGAGGGUAGAACUACAGACCACACUACAGGCCGUAGCAGCUAGGAUAACCCUUCACAAGUAUAUAGUCAAGCUAAAAUCCAACCCCACGAACCCUGCUUUUGACUCCAUAUUUAACCCCACAGAGGUAGAAUUAUACAAUCGAAGGCCUAACGUCAUACAGCCGUUGGGCCUUCGAAUGAGAGAACCCAUCCAAAAUUU